CCACCGGAGUAAUUUGGGUAAAAUGAUGGUUCGCGCAAGUCUAGUUCAAAUGAUUUUGCCACAAUAGCCACAGGUGGCCAGACACCGUCAUCAGUCGCUAGAGGGAUCGUCAACGCUUUUUGUGGAAACGGUGGUUCAUCUGGCAAUAAACUUCAUUACAGAGGUCGCAAUGUUUGAGCGACACCCGGUGGUGAAUUCAGGCUGUUUGGCUGGGCGGCAGAAAGUAUCCCGAAUAGGCCUUACACUCCUAUCGUCAGCUGAUAGAGGAUCUCCAUAGUGGGGCCUUACUACAUAUUAUGGCUGAAGAUUUCAAGAAUUUGGUGACUUGGUCUCAUUCUCACUCCACUAUAUGUCCACACAUCCCUUAUCGGGCAGAAGGAUACAGGUUGGAAGAGGUGAACACUUUUGUGCUUCCAUGGAAUUGCACUGCUGGACAUGCAUACAACUGGCCCUUGUCGUCACUCUCCGGCAAAGUGGGGGAGGCAAAGAAGAUCCUGAGUAGGACCAAGACGAGGAACAGGUUCCCUCCUGGUCCAGAGGAAGAGGAGCAAGACAUUGCAGAGGGGCCGGCUGAUCUGAGCAUUGCUAGGGGGGAAGCCCCAGCUGAAUCUGACGACAGCCAAAGCAGCCUUGUCACUCACGCUUCAGGGGAGCGAGGUGAUGAUGUCAGCAGAGAGCAGAGAGAAGCCCCCACCCCAGAGCGGACCAAAGGAAAAACUCAGAAGAGGAAGAAGAAGGGGCCGUCCACCUGUACUUGGAGGCCACAGGAACAGGCCACCACCUCCACAGACUCCCCCAUUGCUGGGAAAAGCAGUGCCCCCUGGGGUGCCAGUCUUCCCAAAAUCUCCAAACUGUCCGAAAGCGCCAUCCAGGAGAUGGCGUGCACUGCCGAAGAUAAUGCUACUACCGCGGCUGCCUUUCACAACUCCCAGCUCAGCAUGCACCUGGAGGAUCUGGGCUCCGACACGGACAGUGCCGCGGAGGACGAGCUCAUGAACACAUCUCAGACCGGAGCAGGAGACGCAGCAUCCACCACCCCGUUGCGGGGCCGUCGGAAGUCAGAGACAGAGGGGCACCCCUCCCCUGCCACCCCCGGAUCCCCUCACGCAGACCCCUCCACCUCAACUGCCCCUGGCUCAUCCGCGGACAGGAGCAACAGAAGGAUGGCAGCUGCCAGAAAGAAACCAAAGGGAAUUCUGGGAAGCCUGUGCAAUGUGUUAAGUUUCCAGGCCUGGCUGGCAUCGAUGCGUCCGAACCACUCGCGCUCGCUGGGCUGCCUGUCCCUGAUUGAGCUGGACGCUUUGCUGGUGUCCUACCUGAUAUACAUGUGGGAGGGUGGCAGCCGUCAGCUCACACAGACCACACUGAUGUGCCAUGCCCGCUGCCUCGACCGACACCUCAGGGUGCAGGGCUGCUUCUACAGCGUGCUGCGGUCCCCCGAGCUGCCCGAUACGCGUCAGCUGCUGGACGAGUACUGCCAGGUGCUGCGUGAGCGCGAGAUGGACCGGCACGCGGAGGUGAUCCGCAGUGUGACCACCGAAGAAGAGGAGGAGCUGCGCCGUCUGGGCGUGCUGGGCCGCGGCUCACCUGAGGCGCUGCUGCACCUGGUGCUCUUCAACAACCUGCGUGCCUUCGGCCCUAAACACCUCUACCGCAUGUGGCCCGUACCCGCCGGAAAGUUCCACCUCAUACGCGUAGCGCCUACGCCGAGGUCAGGGGUCAACCGGCCCGUGUUGGAUUGCCUAGAGUGGGUGGACCCCGCUGACUCUGAGCAGCCCCCCCUGCGCAUGUUCGCACAGCCCGACGACCCUCUACGCUGCCCUCUGCAGGACUUCCGCGUGUACGCCACCAAGCACACGGCUGGCUUCCUCAGCCACCACGACGCCAUCUACUCCAACCAGCGCACCGGCGUCGACCUGCAGAGCCACGAGUGGUACAACCGCUCCCCCAUGAGCAAGUCCCGCAUGGACAAGUUGAUGAGAGCCCUGGCUCAGAGGAUAGAUGUCAUCCGCGUCACCCACACCAUAACUCCUGUUUAACACAGCCACCUGUGUUGAUAUUUACCACAGAGUUGUUUAUAUUAGGAUGCAGUGAAACUUAUACAGCAUAUAAUAUACAAUGAUAAAUAAUGUAGUUAUGAUGCGAUAAAAAAGACACACAUGUCUUGUUUAUGUUUAUUACAUAUGUUGCUAAUUA